AUGCCCGACGCAACCGACCCCGCUCCUGACACAAACAUGACCCCCUCCGUCAACAACCCCAGCUCCGGUUCUAGUCCGGCCCCGAUCAUCCUCCGCUCUGCCACACCAGAGUCGGAGUUCAACUCUUUGAUCUUCUCCCGCAUCUUCAACCACCGCCGCCCCGAUCUAUCUUCCUCUACCAUCCCCUGGCAGCACUCCCGUCACCCACACGCCUAUUGCAAGCCGCUGACUGUCUCUGACGUUGUGGCGUGUGUUGAUUUUGCCAGGAAAAAAGACAAGCGAAUUGCCAUCCGCAGCGGGGGCCACAGCUGGGCCUGUUGGUCGAUUAGGUAUGACUCGAUCCUGCUGGACAUGAUCGACUUUGAGGGAGGGGUUGGGUCAAUCAGAUGGGAACGCGAGAUGGGUGAGGGGGUGGUGAGCUGUGGUCCGGCUGUGACGUCGGGGGGGUUGAAUGAGUUUUUGGCGGAGGGGGGCAGGAUGUUUCCUGGGGGUCAUUGUCCUGAUGUCGGGUUGGGGGGUUUUUUGCUGCAGGGAGGGAUGGGGUGGAAUUGCAAGAACUGGGGUUGGGCGUGUGAAUAUGUGGUGGGAGUUGAUGUCGUGACGGCUGGGCUCGAAGUCUUGCACAUAAACGAGACCAAAAACAGAGACUUGUUUCACGCUGCUCGGGGUGCGGGGCCAGCCUUUCCUGCUGUCGUGACGAGGUUUUAUAUGAAAACUCUGUCUCUGCUCCCGAUGUGGCAGUCGCUUUAUUUCUUUGAUAUCACCAAGUUUAAAGAGGUGCUGGAGUGGUUGAUCGAGCUCUCCCCAACCGCCUCCCCAACCCUCGAAAUCGUCCUCGUCUCGUCCUUUGUCCCCCAAUCCUCCCCCACCCCAACCCUCACGGCAGUCUUCACCUCCUUUGCCCCCUCCCACACCGCUGCUCUUUCAGCCUUAACCCCCAUCCACACCUCCCUCCCCUGCCCCCCCUCCGCCAGCCCAAACCACCCCAGCCGCUUCUGCGAACCUACCUCCCUUCCAGAAGAAUACGCAGCCCAACUAGCCGGCAACGCCGCCCCCGGCUUCCGCACCCGCUCAGACAACGCCUACCUCUCCAACGACCUCUCCCCGGCACAAGUUGCUGCCGCGCUUGACCCAGCGUUUUCAUCCCUUCCGACAAAGCAGAGCACCGCGCUGUGGUUCUCGAUGAAUCCUACUUCGAGGAGGGCACGGAAGGGGGACAUGAUGCUUAGCAUGCAAUCUGAUCAUUAUUUUUCUGUGUAUGCUGUUUGGGAGGAGGAGAAGGAUGAUGGGGUGUGUGAUAGCUGGGUGAGGGAUGUUUUUGCCAGAUUGGAGGAGCAGGAGGGGACUCUUGCUGGGAGUUAUCUUGGGGAUGCCGACUUUCAGUUUAGGAAGGCGGGGGGGAAGUUUUGGGGGGAGGGGAGGGGUGAUCCGGGGGAUGUGAAGGCGAAGUGGGAUGGGGAGGGGAGGAUUUGUGGGCUCUUGGAGGGGCAUGAGGCGUUGGGUGAGGGGGUGAGGGGGUGA